GCAACAGGGAAGAGGAGGAAGAAGAAGAAGGGAGGACGGAAGAAGAAGAAAAACGCUGGUGUUUCAAGAUGGAGCGGGAAACCCGGGAAGAGCAAGAGAUGGAUGUCGACAGACAAGUUGGCGAAGAGGCGGAUAGUCUCUCUCCUUCGGCUUUAAAACUGUACGAGACACAGUUUUUUGGCUUCACUCCCAAAACCUGCAUUUUACGGGUCUACAGCGCCUUCACCGAUUGCCUGUGCGACAUUUUACCCGUCGUGGAGAAAGUUUGUGUGAGGCAGCUGAGUAAAGGCGAGUCGGCCGGGGCCGACGACCUGCUCCGGUCCAGAGCCAGGGAAUGCAGUCUGAAACUGCAGGAGUUCCUCGAAAUGAAAUUCAAGCAGCUGUCGGAACGGAUGGAAACGCUGCUGGUCGACCGCUGCCUCUCCGUGCCGCCAAAUGUCCUGCUCCCGGAGGACCAGGCACACAAGGACUACCCCCAGCACAUACAGGAGGUGCUGAGGCUGGAGUCUUCGUUGGCAGACCUACACAGAACCUACGAAGCAGAGGUUUGUGCCCGACAGGCCCUGCUGGCCGAGCUGGAGGAGCAGAAGGAGGUGCAGAAGCAGCUGGACGGUAUUCUGACGUGGCUCAGGGAGCUGCAGGCAGCCUGGGUAAAGGAAGGUAACGGAAACUUCCAUGAAAGUUUCCAACUGGUGAUGGAAUCAGUAAAGAAACUGCAGGUGGCUAUUGCCAAGAUCAGCACCAACAUGCCUCACUGAACUGAACUCAAGUUUAAGUUUUCUAACAGGUAUUCCUCCAAAACUUUAGACGUUGUUUAUGUUUACCAUCUAUCUGGUGGAGACAAAUGGCUUCUGUUGAGACCUUAUCCAAGUUUAAAAAAAUAAAGAUUUUGUCAGUGUGCAGUGAUUACUGGCCACUAUUUGGCAUGAGAAUGGUGGUAUUGUCCAAACCCUGUGAAGAGAUUACUAAAACACAUUGUCAAACAUGCAUUAAUGGGUUUAUGAACACCAUUUUAAUCAUGAUAGACAGGUUUACAGACAGUCAAGGAUGUGCACAGCACUAGAUAAAACAUGUUUCUAUGUGUUGUUUUUCUUUAUUUAGAAAUAAUGCAGUUUGGAUAUAAAAUCAUUCAGAGCAGUGACCAGGUCGCUGGAGCUAACUGCUAACCCUGCGCUGUGUGACAAAUGGGACAUUUCCUUGUUAAGAGAAUGAAAAUCUUCACUCUGUUUUUGCAGUUUUAGCCAUGAAGUCAUGUUGAAAACACUUAGAAAAAUCAACUGGACUAGGUGUUUAGGUCAAAGACAUUUCACCUCUCAUCCAAGAG